AUGUCCUCUCAGUCAGAAAGAGAUCUCUCCUGUCCUGUCUGCUUUGAGAUCUUUAAAGAUCCUGUUGUUCUGUCAUGUAGUCACAGCUUCUGUAAAGACUGCGUGCAGAGCUGGUGGAGAGAAGAACUCAUACACCAGUGUCCAAUUUGUAAAGAAAGACAUUUGUUUAGUGAUACACCUCGUAGCCUGGUGUUAAAGAACCUGUGUGAGGCCUUCUUACUGGAGAGAGAUCAGAGAGCUUCAGAGACUCUCCUCUCCUGCAGUCUGCACUCCGAGAAACUCAAACUCUUCUGUCUGGACCAUCAGCAGCCGGUGUGUCUCGUCUGCAGAGAUUCAAAGAGACACAACAACCACAGAUUCAGACCCAUCGAUGAAGCUGCACAGGAUCACAAAGAGGAGCUGCAGAAAUCCCUGAAGCCCUUACAGCAGAAACUGAAGCUGUUUGAACAAGUUAAAGGAAACUGUGAUCAAACGACAGAGCACAUUAAGGUCCAGACCCAACACACAGAGAGGCAGAUUAAGGAGCAGUUUCAGAAGCUUCACCAGUUUCUACUAGAUGAAGAGGAGGCCAGGAUCUCUGCUCUGAGGGAUGAAGAGGGGCAGAAGAGUCACAUGAUGAAGGAGAAGAUUGAGGCUCUGAACACAGAGAUAGCCGCUCUUUCAGACACAAUCAGAGCCACAGAGGAGGAGCUGAGAGCUGAAGACAUCUCAUUCCUGCAGAACUACAAGGCUGCAGUGGAAAGAGUCCAGCAGCGCCCCCUGCUGGAUGAUCCACAGCUGCCCUCAGGAGCUCUGAUAGAUGAGGCCAAACACCUGGGCAACCUGACCUACAACAUCUGGAACAAGAUGAUGGACAUGGUCUCUUACACUCCUGUGAUUCUGGAUCCAAACACUGCUCGCCCUGAAUACAUCCUGUCUGAAGAUCUGACCAGUGUGAGAUUUGGAGAUAAACGGACGCUUCCUGACAAUCCAGAGCGGUUUGAUUACAACAUUGCUGUUCUGGGCUCAGAGAGCUUUAACUCUGGGAGUCACCACUGGGACUUUGAAGUUAGAUGUGACAAUACCUGGGCCCUAGGUGUGAUGAAGGAGUCUGAGAAAGGGAGAAAAGGAAAAAUAUCAACUGGAUUCUGGGAAAUUUAUUUCUCUGAUGGAAAAUACAUGGCAGCCUCCCCACCACUGCCAGAGAAAGUUCUCCCAGUUAGGAAGGAGCUCCAGAGAAUCAGAGUUCAUCUGGACUUUGAGAGAGGGAAACUGUCAUUCUAUGACCUUGAUACUAACACACACAUACACACCUUCACACACACCUUCACUGACAGGCUGUUUCCAUACAUUGCCACCCUGAGUGAACUCCAGGGGAAGAUAUUACCAUCAACAGUCAAGUGUGUCAUACAUACAGCCUGUGGGCCAGAACCAGCCUUCCUAGGGCCAGAACUGGCCUUCCUAGGGCCAGAACCAGCCUACCUAGGGCCAGCACCGGACUUCCUAUGGUCAGAACAGGACUUCCUAAGGCCCCCUCUCUAA